AUGGUGCCAGCUUCGACUACUACCAACUCUGCUGCUGCUACUGCACCUAUUCAGCUACCACUUAAUACGACCAGCACAUCAUUUGCAUCUUCCACUAACACACGUGCCGGGAGUGGCGGCGAUGGUGCUUUAUUAAACCGCUCUGCGCCUGAUCGCAAAACUAUUCAUAGUACAUUUCCUUCACGGCAGCAUCAAGCAUCUACGCCAACUGGUGAUUAUCGAGCAUCAACAAGAAAUCCAACGAGUAGUACAAUGGGUUUUAGUGAUGGCGAUAAUCGUCAUCAGCAACAGGCUGGUGGUGCUUCGAGCAUGAUUGGAGGGACAGGAAGUGGGGCUCAAUCAUUUUUAAGCAAGCUUUCAUCUAAAUUUGCACGAAGGUAACAUAACCGAC